UCCGGCCACGCCUCCAUGGUGGCCGCGCCCCUUGGGGGCGGGGCCAGUGUCGUGACGUGUGAGGGGGCGUGGUCUGUCCCCGUGACGUCACCGUGCGGCGGGGUGCGCAGCAGGGCAGAUUCUGCAUCCCACAUGAGCUACGAUAAUCCUCCACCGUACCCCGGCCCGGGCCCGACUGCCCCGUACCCACCCUAUGCACAGCAGCCAGGGGGCCCCCCUGGCCCCUACCCCGGCUAUCCCCCCGGGCCCUACCAGCCAGGCCAGCCAGGCUACCAGGGAUAUCCCCAGUACGGAUGGCAGAACGCACCUCCACCACCGCCAGGACCGGUGUACGCAGACGGGCCGAAAAACACAGUGUACGUCGUGGAGGAGCGGCGGAGGGACGACACGGGCGAGAGCGCCUGUCUGACGGCGUGCUGGACCGCGCUCUGCUGCUGCUGCCUCUGGGACAUGCUGACCUGACGCCGCUGCCGCCCCGCCGCUCGCCGAGCGCUAUGCAGGCUCCCCACUCCUGUCCCGACUUCUUUCUGUUACUGUAAUCAACGCUCUGCUUUGCACAGCCAAGAGUUCCCGUCUGUCCGUCCUAGCGCCUUGUCGGGGUGGGGGGUGCACUCCUUUAUUUUAGUAAAGGAAAAAAAAUCCCUUUUUAACAUUUCUAAGACUUUUGUUGUAACUUUGAAGAAUGUGCUAAUGGUGUAUUUCAGCCAAGGGCAUUCUGAUGAAAUGUAUAUUUACCAGUUGAGAUUUUCCUAGCCCUAGAGACGAAGACAUACGCAAUAAUUAAAGCCAACAGUUGAUUUUUCUUCA